AUGACGUCCUCCGCUCUUACUACCCAAGAAGUAGAGCUUCUCUCUUCAAAAGCCAACGCGGCCAAAGAAGCAGCCUACUGCCCGUAUUCGAAAUUUCGAGUAGGCGCCGCCCUCCUCUCCCAGUCAGGGGAGUACUUCACAGGCGCCAAUGUGGAAAAUGCCUCAUAUCCUGUCGGCACAUGUGCUGAGCGAGUGGCGUUUGGAACAGCUGUUGUAGCCGGCCAGCGCCAAUUCAAGGCGAUUGCUGUCGCCACUGAUAUCACACCCCCUGCAUCACCAUGUGGGAUGUGUAGACAAUUCAUAAGCGAGUUUACAUUCCCUUCAUUUCCUGUUUAUAUGUAUGACAAGGAUAUGAACUGCACUGUCCUUACAAUGGGAGAGCUACUUCCGAAAUCUUUUGGGCCGAAUGACUUUGAGCACUAA